GAGCCGCUUCUCCUCCGGAGCGGGUGCCCCGCGCUUCCCCGGCCUGCCCCGGGCGGGCUCUUCUCUGUCGGCCUUGCCCGGCGGCGAGGGCAGGGGCUUGUGCUCCCCGGGAAGCUGCUCCUGUGGAGGGACGGGAGGCGUUUGCUCUGGUGUCGCCCCUAAACCGAAAGUAGCCGUAAACAAAUGCGAAGGGGCAUAACUUUAAAGGACGAGGAGGGGGAAAAAAUGAACUAUAGCGUCAACCUGUGGACUCAAAUCGUCUGCUCCUCUCUGAUGCAGUUGUUCUCACCUCGGGAUGGGUAACGUGGUGUCUCUGCGGUGACUUGAAGUGGUUUGGACUUGCUGAAACUGGAAGAUGUGGAGUGGGCUGUUACCUCCAGGAGUGAAUGAAAGUGAUGUUGAUUUGAGUUCUGAUGAUGGAGACGAUUCUCCUGCUUCCUCUUCAAAGAAAGGGGCACCAGAUGAUAUCCAAGGAGCUGAGCUUUCUGAACUCCCAGGGAAUGGACAGGAGAGUAGUGCCAGCGGUGAACCUGUUGUGAUACCAGUGGCAGAUGAAGACAGCGAGUCUCACACGUGCCCUCCUGGAAUCUCUGUAAAUAUCUGGAAUAAAUUUGUGGAGCUUCAGAAGAAGCACCGUGAAAUGAAAAUGGAAGCAGAGCAGGAAAACAGAUGCCGAAAGAGAAAGCGCCACCGCAAAGGAAAACAGAAAAAGGCUGAUGAAGUGACUAAGAGUAGCCAACAGUUGGAAAAUGAAGAGAAAUGGAAAGAGCUAACACAGUACUUUGGAAUCAAUGAUAGAUUUGAAUCACCUGUGGAUAGCAGGGCCCCACAAAAGUCUGGCCUUGAACUUAGCAUAGAGAAGUGUGUGGCUGAAGGGGACAUUGCUAAGGCUGAGGAGCUGAGUGACAGACUGGCCAUGCGUGAGCUUGGUGUGAAAAUUGCCAAAGCAGCUGCUUGCCGCAACUUCGUCAGAGCCAAGCAAGAAGCAGAGGCUGCCCAAGAAGCUCAAAAGAAAAAGAAGCUCGCUUGGGGAUUUGAAGCCAAGAAAAGAUGGGAAACAAAAAGCAACAUGGGAUACAUGUAAUCUGUCGUGUUUUCAGAAGUCAAAUACCUGUUGUUACUUGAAGAAUCUUUGUAGGCAUCUUGUUAAAUCUAAACAUAAAAAACCCCAAAACAAAACCCAGCACAUCAAAUGCCUUGUAUUUAUCCUCCUGCUGUUGGACUGCACUGGCUUGUUUUGGUGCUCUCCUAUAAAGUAGUAAAAAAUACUAUUUAAUCAUCAAUCCUAUGUUAAAUAUAGCACUUUUCUCAUAAAUAUGAAAAACUAAGAUAGUGCAUUUCAGAAUGCAUUUGGAGUCUGGUAGAGAACUCCCUGAACUUGGAAUAAAACACUUGGUCCAAAUGUGU